AUGGCGUCGGCGGCGCCACCGUCUCGUGCCUCAUAUGAAUCAGAUGAAAUCGAGCAAAUGUCUUCGGCGAGUUCUGAAGAGGUGCCACUCACGCUGAAAAAAGAACCGAUUGUCAUCAAAGGAAUCGGUCACAUUACUUUAUUUGGAUUGAACUCACGCUUCGACACCGAAUUUCCCCAAACACUAAUUGGAAGGGUGGCUCCCGAAGAAUUGAGUGCUACAUUGAAACGAAUAAAUCUUGUAUUGAAAAGGCAUGUCGAAGUUUCAGGAAGAUGGCUGGCUUGUGGUUUAUUGCUGUGUUGCUGUUCUCUCGGAUGCUCGCUCUGGCCGGUGAUAUGUCUCAAUCGAAGGGCAAUCUCAGCGCUCGAAAAAACUCUCGAUUACGAGAAUCAUCAUUUGUAUCACAAAUUGGGUCUUCAUUGGAGUCUUGGUCGAAGUAAUGCUGAUUCCAGAUUAACCGAGUAUGUGCUUCUUCUCGAUUUCAUUCCAAAAAUCCCACUUCUUGCCCCUGAU